UUGUCGAAAUGAAGAAGAGUCCCCUUCUACGCAAGCAUUGGUAUGCAAAUGGCUUCAUCUUUUCGAUUGCAUGGGAUUAAACUUUCGCUUGCCAAUGUCUCCACGGUCCGUACGCCGUGUCAGUGUGUUUGGGAUCGAGAGAGUCGAGAAAACAAGUUCUGCGCCAACGUAGGGUAUUGAAGAUUGCGGCGACCACACUCCACAGAACUGUAGCCACUCUGUCGGAAAAUUUUGAAAGGAAAUAUACUAUUUUAUAGUGAAUUAUAUAUCAAGUAAUGGACACUGUGUAUGCAUAAUGACGUGAUUUUGUGAAAUAUUAGGAGAAGGAGUUUUGUAUGUGCGCGCGAUUUUUUUUCUAGACGACAAAAGUUAAGGAUCGUCUGUUGCACAGGUGAGCAGUCCCGACCUACGGAAUCCCACUGGGGUCGCCCGCCGGGAGCUGCGGUGGAAGAAUCUGAGCAAGGCUUGAAGCCUCCUCAAGUGGCGUCCGUGUUUAUGCUGCCAAAAUGUCCCUGGAAACUCUGCAACGGCUCAAGAAUUAUGUCCAUCGUGGACGGAGAAAAUAAUUUGGAUUAUGCAAAUAUGCAGUUGGAUCCCAAUAUUAAAACUUACAAACAAUAGUUGAUUCAAGCCACUACCAGACAAUCAUGUUCAGCUGAGUUGCGUUGCUCGCGGAAGUGGAUAGUGCCCAUCAUGGAUCCCCUUUUUAUGGAUCAUAUCGCUUACUACGACAACUACUCUCGCGGGUACGUGGUGGAGUACGUGCGAGAGAACAGGACAAGGUGUUCUAGCUGGCUUCUCCUGCCUGCAGAGAACCUGUGGCCAGUAUGGCUGCGAGUCACCCUGUACCUACUGGCAAUGAUCUAUCUGUUCAUCGGCAUUGCCAUCAUCAGCGAUGUCUUCAUGUGCAGCAUCGAGGUCAUCACCAGCAAGCAGAAGACGAUCAUCAAAUACGACGCGGAGCGCAAGGUCCACGUCAAGAAAGAGGUUCUCGUCUGGAACGAAACUGUCGCCAACCUUUCUCUGAUGGCGCUUGGGAGCAGCGCGCCGGAGAUCCUUCUCAACACCGUCGAGACAUUACAAAACAUCACAGAACUGCCCGACGGGAGGGACAGCUUGGGGACCUUCACCAUCAUCGGCAGUGCCGCUUUCAAUCUUCUAAUAAUCACGGCUGUUUGUGUCGUCAGUGUUCCCUCGCCGGAAGCUAAGAAAAUUAAAGAAUUUGGAGUGUUUUUGAUAACAACUCUCUGGUCAUUAUUUGCAUAUGUUUGGAUUCUUAUUGUGGUCUUAUGGAGCUCAAAAGGAGUUGUGGACAUCUGGGAAGCGUGGGUUACGUUAGGAUUCUUACCAUUACUUAUUUUAUCGGCUUAUGCCCAAGACUCUGGAUGGUGGUGUAAGAGGACUCCUUCUGUAGGCAACGAUCCUAACUGUGGAAGCCAUUUGAAUGUGAGAGUGAUUAACGGUGGAGUCAAGAAGAAUAGUGUAUUCCACGGGCCUUCCCGCCAACUAGCAGCUCUGGAAGCGGAGAAAACACAAAGUCAGCUGAAUUUGAAGAAUUCGUCAGAAGAGAAAGCCAAUGGAAAUGACAUGGUUUUGCGAGACUUAGAAGCGGGAACUGACGACAGCAGACCGCUUUAUCUCGAGGAGGAAAAGCAGCAGUUUGCACGAGCCAGAUCGAGUACUGUAUCGAGUACUGUUGUUAGUCAGGUAACGACUAUUAGUCAAGUUAGUCAACGAAGCUGGACCCCACGAUACAGAUCAAGAUUCAGACACGCUGUGGUACGGUCCAUGAUCGGGGGCAAGAAGCAUUUCAUGGCCCAGAGGAUAGCAGCCGGUGGGGCAGGCGGACACCAGCCCCGGCUACUAGCCCUGGUGGACAAGGUACAAGCUAUGCAGAAGGCCAGUGAUGGCGCGUUGUCAGAGGACUUAAAGGGAAAGUUCACCUUUGCAUCGCCAAAUUACACCGUGAUGGAAAGUUGCGGCAAGCUGGAGGUUGAUGUCCUCUUUCACAGAUCAACUCCGAGAAGAACUCGCCAGCUCACCCAGGAGAACGGCAUCGCGGGGCACCACCACGACAUCGUUGAUGAGAUCAGCCGUAGCGAUGCCUACGAUGAUUGCAUCAAGGGUACCGUCUACGUGACCUACGAGACACGAGAUGGCACCGCUAAGCAAGGGACCGAAUUCACGCAUGCACAGGGCAAAUUGGUUUUCACGGAGACAGAAUGGAGGAAGACGAUCACCAUUCCGAUCAUCAACGACACCCAGUACGAAGCCAACAUGGACUUCUACAUCCUGCUCAAAUCGCCCGAGGGAGGGGGUGCGUUGGGGGAUCCUAGCAUCACCAGGGUGACAAUCAUUGAUGAUGACGAGCCUGGCGAGUUCACAUUCGAAUCUCCUAACUACACAGCUGAUCUUGAGAAGGGUCUGGUGACGGCAACGGUCGUAAGAUCAAAAGGAUUCGAUGGCACUGUUACCCUACAAUACGCCACCAUGGAUGGUAAUGCAAGGGGCGAUCUACAUUUGGAAGGCGGAGCCGACUAUAAAUCCAUGUCAGGAACGUUGUGCUUCAAACACGAGGAGAAGUCUAAGACCAUCGAGAUACCAGUCAACAAAGAAUCAGUGGGUUUGAAGAACUUUGUGAUAGUUUUGAGGAAUCCUAGUAUCGGAGCCAAGCUUGGGGAACACAGUGCUGCUGUAGCCAACCUCAGACCAGAUGACAUUGGUGAGAGGGUUGCCCAGAUCCUUGAAGAUGAGGAGGAUGCCGAGACAUGGUUUGGACAGAUCAAAAAUGCAAUGACCCUUGGAGGUGAUAUCGAUGACGAUGGCAAGGAGGUCCCACCUUCUAAGUUGGACUGCAUCAUGCAUUUCAUCACAUUUUUUUGGAAAGUCAUCUUUGCCAUAGUUCCUCCUAAGAAUUACUGGGGAGGAUGGCCUGCAUUCUUUGGAUCUCUGCUAUUUAUCUUUGCUCUCACGGCUGUGGUAGAACAGAUCGCUACUUUGCUGAGCUGUGUUGCAUUGAUAGAGCCCAGUGUUGCUGGUAUCACAAUCAUAGCCCUCGGAACCAGCGUACCAGACAUGUUUGCGAGUAGAACGGCCGCCAUUCAGGACCAACAUGCUGAUGCUGCCAUCGGCAAUAUAACAGGUAGUAACAGUGUGAACGUGUUCCUUGGCCUUGGUCUCCCCUGGAUCAUCAAGGUCAUGUACCUGUACGUCAACACAGACUCACCUUACCUUGUAGGAACAGAGAACCUUGACCUGGCUGUCAUCCUGUUUGCAGGGGUCGGUACAUGUUGUAUAUGCAUCAUCAUCGGGAGGAGAUAUAUUGUUGGAGGUGAGUUGGGAGGUAAAAAGGUGACCAAGUGGGUGACUGGAUUCUUUCUCUGCCUCCUCUGGGUUGUAUAUAUCAUCGUUGCAUCCCUCAGGUCAUACCGUAUCAUCUAAAGGUCAACUACAAAGGUCAGCAAGAGGUCACCAAGUAAGGUUUAUGAGAAGGUCAUCCAAGAAAUGCUGCAGAGAGGACAUUAGAAAUUAGCAUUAGACCAUCACCAGAAGACAAUCUGAUGACAAGCCCGGGAGAUAUGGUGGGAGUUGGUUUAAAGAUGAUGGAACUGACACUGACGAGGGUUCACUGAUGUCCAAGACUAACCUGUUAAUAUGCAACGCAGACCGACUUGUGAACUUACAGAGGAAUGUUUAUUGAUGUACCUGUAAUUCUAAUUCCUAAUCGGAAUAAAAACAGAUUAGGGAUGGAAUUCCAUGGCUAAAUGGUGGUAUAAUCAGACUUGAAACAAUCUUCGCACUGUCUUUCCCCUCAAGUAAUAUGGAUUCUCCCUAAAGUCAACUGGAUUUUCUUUAAAGGUAUCUGGAUUCUCCCUAAAGGUAUCUGGAUUCUCCUUAAAGGUAUCUGGAUUCUCCCUAUUGGUAUCUGGAUUCUCCCUAUUGGUAUCUGGAUUCUUCCUAAAGGUAUCUGGAUUCUCCUUAAAGAUAUCUGCAUUCUUCAAAAGGUAUCUGUCUGGUUUCUCCCUAAAAAUAACUGAAUUCUCCCUUAAGGUAUCUGAUUCUCCCUAAAAGUAUCUGGAUUCUCUUUGAAGGUAUCUGCAUUCUCAAAAGGUAUCUUGGUUCUCCAUAAAGGUAUCUGGAUUCUCCCUUAAGGUAUCUGAUUCUUCCUAAAGGUAUCUGAAUUCUUCCUAAAGGUAUGGAGAUUCUCCUUAAAGGUAUCUUUUUCCCCUAAAGGUAUCUGAAUUCUCUUUUAGGGAGAAUUCAGAUAACUUUAAAGGAAAAUGAAAUCCAAAAUCUAAUACAAUAUAAUAUCAUUAAUAAAUACAGGACAAUCAAAAUGAAUCCACUGAUACCCAAUCCGAUUUCCCAGCCCGGAGUACCACCUCCUC